ACGCGGGCUUCACAUUUCAAGAAUCCAAAAUUGGGUGUCCUUUUCCUGAAAAAUAUAAAUUAAGUCACAAUUUAAGGUCUUUCAAGUGCCAAAUUCAAUAUUUGCUGUGUUCAAAUUUACAGAAUCGGUUAAAUUUAAAGAAUAGGGAAACGGAUGAAUAGGUAUAUGCAAAAUUGGAAAGGCUAUCAUUGGACAUUGUUACUAAUAAGGAUAAAGAGGGGGGGGGGGAUUAUUCCGUCCCCCAUGACGUUACGUUCUCCUCUCUCAAACCUUUGAACCCUUAUCGUAAAUAGGACAAACAAAUGAACGCAUUACUGGAGGGUCUGGAAGGCCAUGCAAUUCCCACAAAAGGAAGAUUCGAUAGAGUUUUGCCGAAAUCUGGAGUAAGAAUGGACAUGCAGGUUUUGGGAACAAGAAAUAGUAAACGCGAAUACUUACAUUAAAGCGAGGUUAUGUUAUUUCCACAGCCGGAUGUGUCUCCACUUCUAAACGAAUUUUGUCAACAUAACCUAAAUCUGAGAAUAUUUUGAAAAAGUUAAAGAUAAUGGAUAUUGGGGAACUAUUAACUUACAAGCCUCCUCAAGCAGUUAAACGACCAACCGAGGCGGAUGACCAAGAAGAAGAUGACAACGAGAGACAUUACAAAAUGCGAAAAAUCGCUCGGGCCAAGGCGAAUCAGAUGGCCAGACCACCUUCUCCGUCAGCCUCGGUUCAGACAGUACUGGACCAGAUUUCCGAAGAAGAACGGCAGGAAAUUUUGAAAUUCGUCGAAACGGAGCAGGCGGAGGGUGAAGUUUUGGACGAAGCCGGUAUUAAACGUAUCAUUCUCAACUUUGAGAAGCGUAGUUUAAAGAACAGGGAAAUGCGUAUCAAAUUUCCGGAUUCUCCCGAUAAGUUUAUGGAGAGCGAGGUGGAACUGCACGAAGUUCUUCAAGAGAUGCGAGUGCUGUCCACCGCUCCCGAUCAUUACCCUUUAUUGGUCAAGCUCCGCAUAAUUCCUAGCUUAUUAGAGUUGCUCUCGCAUGACAAUACCGACAUCACUGUUGCAGCCAUCGAGUUACUACAAGAGCUGACCGAUGUGGAUAUCUUAAAUGAAUCCGAGGAGGGAGCCGAGGCGUUAAUAGAUUCUCUAUUAGAACAACAAAUUAUCGCUCUACUCGUACAAAAUCUGGAUCGUUUAGACGAAACUGUGAAAGAAGAAAGCGACGGAGUACACAACACUUUGUCGAUUAUCGAGAAUCUUACAGAGCUGCGGCCUGAAGUUUGCAACGAAGCACCGAAACAAGGACUAUUGCAGUGGCUUCUGCGCCGGUUAAAAAUGAAAACCCCCUUUGAUUCUAAUAAGCUGUACGCGACCGAGCUUCUCUCGAUACUUUUACAAGACAACAACGGAAACCGAAUCGCUUUAGGCGAACUCGAAGGGAUCGACACGUUACUUCAACAGCUCGCCUUUUAUAAACGACACGAUCCGGCGACGGCCGAAGAACACGAGCUGAUGGAAAAUCUCUUCAACUCGCUCUGCAGCGCACUGAUGGUGUUGCAGAAUCGUGACCGUUUCCUGCGCGGCGAAGGUUUGCAGCUGAUGAAUCUGAUGCUGCGCGAGAAAAAAACGUCGAGGAACGGAUCUUUGAAGGUCUUAGAUUACGCGAUGUCGGGCCCGCACGGCAAGGACAAUUGCAACAAGUUCGUCGACAUUUUGGGUCUUCGUACCAUUUUCCCGCUGUUCAUGAAGACGCCGAAGAAAAAUCGAAGAAAAGUCUUCUCGACGGAAGAGCACGAGGAGCACGUCACGUCGAUUAUAGCGUCGAUGUUGCGUAAUUGUCGCGGUUCCCAGCGGCAACGUCUUGUGAGUAAGUUUACCGAAAACGAUCACGAGAAGGUCGAUCGUUUGAUGGAGUUGCACUUCAAGUACUUGGAAAAGGUCGAGACUUUGGACACGGCGUUAGACGAAAGUGGCGGUAACGUCGAGGAGGACGCCUUGUACUUGAAACGUCUGGAGGGCGGGUUAUUUACGUUGCAACUUGUGGAUUAUAUAAUUGUGGAGGUGUGUGCCGCCGGGCCAGCUUCCAUUAAACAAAGAGUCACUCAGAUUUUGAACUUGAGGGGCGCUUCAUUGAAGACCAUAAGACACGUCAUGCGUGAAUACGCGGGCAAUUUAGGAGACGAAGGGGAUCAAGAAUGGCGAGAUAACGAACAACAGCAUAUUCUGCAUUUAGUCGAUAAGUUUUAGAAUAAUGCAACAGAAUCUCAAUUGUUAUUUUGUUUGGGGGGGAAUUUGGGUCUUGGGCAAAAUGAAACUUUGAUACUUCUACAAAGAUUCUGGUUUUUAAAAGGUUUGGAAAUUACG